UAUCCAUAAACCCACUAAUCACGAUGUUCGGCGCCCUCAGACCCACCUCGCUCGUCUCAAGUGGUCUCCUCUGGAAAAACCCCUGGCGACUCUCUGCUACCCGAAAGGCCAACCAACGCAAGAGACUGAGGCGUGUCGAUGAUGUGAUUUCGAUGGUUUCGGAGAGUGGGGUGGUGACAAAGAGCUUGGUCAAGGCUUUGGAGUUGCCGACGGAGGCUGAGAUGCCGCCCAAAGGUGAGUCUGUAUCCGAGUCUCAGAUUGGCAAGGGAGAUUUGAGCCGAGGAGAGCAUGAGACGGCAGUGGAAUCAAAUGGGAAUGUCAUUAGAGAGUGGUGCUAGACAUCACCAUUGUCUUGAUGAAAUCGACCCAGAACAACGCACUGACAUUCGGUACAGACAAAUACACCACCUUUUCAAAACACGACCCCAAGUUUAGAAAGUCUCAGCACAAGGUCCCCAAAUGGACAAGAUUGACAUUACGCGAGAACCCCAAGGGUUUCUAGAAAGGGUGUAUACAAGUGUCAUUAUUUCGUCUCCGUCAUUACUCAUCUCUACAUGUACCACUAUCCACAGAACUCUAC